GUAAAAUUCAACAUUGUCAGACGUAAGAGACUGGGAAUACGAGAAAGAAUGAUACUACACAGUGCUGACCAGGUAGAAGCUUUUGAAAUUGCCAUCUCCUUCUUGUUUUAAAUGGCUGAAAUAGGGAAGUUGAGAACCUUGAAAUCAUUCAAACAAGAAGGCAAUGGUGAACAAUUUCUCCCAAGCUGAAGCUGUGAAACUCUGCUACAAGAACGUGAACAGGUCCUAUCUUAAGACUCCUUACUCACCAGGUCCUCGGGCAAUUCUGUGUGCAGUCCUCAGUUUUGGGGCCCUGCUGGCUGUGUUUGGAAACUUACUGGUCAUUACUGCUAUUCUUCACUUCAAACAGCUGCACACAUCUACAAAGUUUCUGAUCGCAUCCCUGGCCUGUGCGGACUUCUUGGUGGGAGUGACUGUGAUGCCCUUUAGCACAGUGAGGUCUCUGGAGAGCUGCUGGUACUUUGGGGAGAGUUACUGUAAAUUUCAUACAUGUUUUGAUAAUUCCUUCUGUUUUGCUUCUUUAUUUCACUUAUGCUGUAUCUCUGUUGACAGAUAUAUUGUUACUGAUCCUCUGACCUACCCAACCAAGUUUACUGACUUGGUUUCAGGAAUAUGCAUUGUUCUCUCUUGGUUCUUUUCUGUCACAUAUAGUUUUUCUAUCUUUCACACAGGGGUCAAUGAGGAAGGAGUUGAGGACCUAGUAGUUGCUCUCACCUGUGUAGGAGGCUGUCCGGCUUCAAUGAAUCAAAAUUGGGUUCUAAUUUAUUUUCUUCUAUUCUUUAUACCCACUGUUGCCAUGGUGUUGUUUAUAUACGGUAAGGUAUUUUUGGUGGCUAAAUAUCAGGCCAGGAAGAUGGAAAGUACAGCCAGCCAAGUUCAGUCCUCCUCAGAGAGUUAUAAGGAAAGAGUGGAAAAGAGAGAGAGAAAAGCUGCUGAAACAUUGGGUAUUGCUAUGGCAGCUUUUCUGGUCUCUUGGCUUCCAUACAUUAUUGACGCUAUAAUUGACGCUCAUAUGAAUUUUAUAACUCCUCCUUAUGUUUAUGAGAUUUUAGUGUGGUGUGUUUAUUAUAAUUCAGCUAUGAACCCCUUGAUAUACGCUUUCUUUUAUCCAUGGUUUCAGAAGGCAAUAAAACUUAUUGCAAGUGGCAAAGUCUUAAGAAGUGAUUCAUCCACAAUUAAUUUACUCUCUGAGGAAACAGAUGUAUAUUGUUAAGAUUACUGCAGGGACUUUAAAACUAAUGCGGGGGCUUCCCUGGUGCCGCAGUGGUUGAG